AUGGAGUACUUGUUUCGAGUAGCCUCCCAACAAUCUGCGCCCCCAGGGAACUGUGAAGACUCGUCUGAUGAUGACUGUGGCUACAAAGGCAUGGACCUCAUUAUCUCCGAGGGAAACCUCCUGCGGGUGGUGAGAAACAAGUCGACGCUUGGGCUUUGCAUGGUUAAGCACCAGAAACUCUUGGACUACCUUGUUAAGGAGCACAUCCUUAUAGAGAUCAUGCAGCUAAUCUUCAACCGCACGGCUACUCCGUUGAACUCUAGUCUGUGCACUGACACUAAGGAGGGAUCGAUAAUGACUGACUCGAUCAUAAACCCCCAGCCUGCAUCUCCUAUACAUGUCACGUCACAUGAUCUAGCCACUGACACGGCAAUCCGGGGCCAGUGUUACCCCGUUACCCUGGACGACGUCUAUAGAGCUAUCGACUUAAUACGCACAGCUGAGCGAGUCACACCAGUCCUUACCCAUAUUAUGUCGACGCCUUCUAUUCUGCGCAUCCCCUUCCAAGCUGUAGCCGUUGUCUAUGGUUUUUUUGCCGACCGCGUCCAUCCCCUUAAGGACAUCGUUGUGAACCCUGCCAGCGAUGACGAGUCGAACAGUGAUUGCAAGAUCGAAGUCACAAAAGCCUUUGAUGCGCUUUUGAACAUUUGCACACUUUCAGUCGAUAACCUCCCUAUUUUCGUUGAUGCGUUAGAGCAGCCUCUCUUUGAUACUGAUGAAACCAAAGAUAGUGACUCGUCGCCAGUGCUUCUAAUAGACGUAUGGGUGCAGCUUUUGUUGUUGAAUAGAGCAGGAUCUUCGUUUGUGCGCCUGGUGACAAAUCCAAAGGAUAAACCAGCACCCCUUCUUGACAAACUCGCAGCUUUUCUUUCCCAGAGGGGUGUUUUCAGUACUUAUAUCGAUCAUCUUUUCGUGUCUACCAACACCAGCUGUGAUUCUAUAACUAGUAUUCUUGUUCAGUCUUUAAACUCCCAAGUUCCUUGGUGCAAUACUAUCGUUCAAGAGUUUCCGCGCCUUUUUAGUCUUUUUCUCUUAUUAACAGGAAAUUCCUUGCCUGCUGACUUGCCAGCAGAGCUUUUAUCAAGACUUCCCACUUUAUCACCUAUAACUAAUCCAUCUUUAUGUCUUACAUCAUCGGUUGCCGACAUGCUAGUAUAUAUGUUGCGCACAAUUAUUCUUGACGCCGUCACGAUUUCUCUAAAUAACCCCGAGGACCCGACGCUAGAGGGUAAGACAAUCAUUACUUUAGAGUUCCUGAAAAAUAAAGGAUACACUCACGCAGAUAGCUGGACUCUCUUCAUUACAAGACUCUUGCCUGCACUUUGCACUGCAACAGUGAGCAAACUGGAGGAGUCCGCCGAAUCGUCAAGCGGUACAUUCUCAGUGGUGGCUCUAUUGAUGCUCAAAACAGUUGUUAGAUUUAUCGAACUAACCGGCUGCAUAAAUGAUCAUAUCGAUAGCGUUCUAAUAUCGAAUACAUACGGUUGUUCCUCGGCGACUCUUCUUUCAGUGAUUUCCGCUGCGACUGAAAUUAGCUCAUGUAGCACUCUGCCUUCGUCUCUACGCUCACUUGGAUGGGAUGUCGAACCAAGUGAGUUCUUUAACAAGCUUCGCUACGGAGACGCAGGCCGGUUGUGCAGCGUGUCCAUCGAGCUGAUUGUACAAACAGUUGCACAGUCAGAAUUGUACUCUGUAUUGUGCAAGGUUAUGCGUGUGUUCCCUACGACAACCGUUGUCCUUUUUCUCUGCUCCCGUCUUUUUAUCGUUGCUGCCUUCUAUUUGUUCAGCUCGGACUCUGAACUUAUUGAACAGGCGCUUAAGCAAUCUGGAAUUUUUGAAGAGCUUGAGCUUGUGUCUAUUGACGAUGCUUCCGAUUGUAUAACUAUAAGGCCUGUGUCUGAGAUGGAAACGUUUUCAAUCGAUGAGCCGUUGCCCACGAAGUUUUUGCCCUAUAGAUUCCGAUCGCCAUUUAUUGUACACCUUCUCGGCAUCCUUAGAGCAUUUAUCAGGCUGGCUGCGAAUGUUACGCAAAGGGAAUACGACUCCGAAUGGUCACGCUAUCUUGAGUUCCGUGAAUCGUCUAGUGUACCUCCAACACGUGUUAUGACAUACGCACAGCUUAGGACUCUCGCUGACAAUCACACUUCUUUGCGGAGACUUUUGCUGGAACACCAGAAACUGGCUUCUGUUUCCUCUGCCUUCCUUUGGUUGGAUCGCAUAGGGGGAAACUGCUACUUCAAGGGUCUACUCCCCUUCUCGCGCCGACUUCUUUCUCUUGGAAUCUCUACCUAUGCAGGCGUCUCGCUAGAAUCUCUUAUGGAGUACGCUGAAAAGGAGCCUGUCUUUGCAACUUCACAGGAUUGGAACGUCAACGCCAACUUUUCUCUUAAGCAAAACAUAGUUCUUGGCGCCCUCAAGCAAAUGCUAACUUUGCAGAGGGGAUCCCAGUUUAGUUUCACUGAAACAGACCUUAACAGCAUUUACAACGGAAUAAUGUCUACGUCGCUGGAUGACGAGGAGGAUAACAAUGUCCAUACUGGCGACGACAACCUGGAUACUGGGCAGUUUGAUGAAAAUGUGGAUGUGACUUCCUAUCUAGCAAACAACGAAGCAGAGGUUCUAGGGGGACAAACAGACGUGGCACCGAGCUCUGGUGAGAGUGAGACUUUCGAAUCUGCUGAUGUAAUAGCAUUUGCGGAGUGUCUGCCAGAAGAGCUGGAGCCCCCUGUUGAACUAUUGCCCCCGCUGGAGUCUGACAGUGAGGCACUGUCGGGAAGGUCUGAAAUGUGUGAUAUCGACGAUAGCUGUCCAGCUAAAGCACAAUCUAGUAGCAAAGAACUGACAGAUAGAAGCGAUUUGGUAACUUCCACAGAGUCGCAUGCUCCCUUAGUUUGCACGACAGCGCAGGAGCUUGCCCACAUCCUUCACAAUUCCCUGCCUAAUGGCUCUACCGGGCUCAUAAAAGACUCUGUAUCAACUCAUCAGCGUAGCACCGAGGUUAAGACUCCAGAUAGCGCAACGUGCAGAGACCAAACUCCUCGCGGACAAUAUGAACAGCAGAUCAAUGUUAUACAUCUCACCAGUGUCGAUAGCAGAGAUAGAUCAUACAGCCCUCCACCUAUUCCCAAAUCGUCGUCGCCUCCAGCUGGUAUUCACAACCGAGCAUCUCGCGGAACAUGCUCGCCAAAUAAGCCUUUAGCCGCGAUUAGCUCCAUUGGCACAAGGCGAAUAGACAAAUCUCCGACCACAGAAACUGCAAUUCUUACAGAGAAAUCCCCGCGUGCAAAGCCUGCCACAAGGCCGUUUGCACAAAGCAGCCGCCCAGUGCGUGAGGCUAUCAAGCCAAGCAAUGAAUAUUGCGACAUCCCGCCCAAUGAAGGAAGGUUUAUGACAUUUGAAGAAGCCACUGCAGUACUUGAAAAGCAGAACAGCAUUAUUGGACGAAGGGCACGUGUCGAUGAUAGCAGUAGAGAAAAUGAAUUUAGGCCUCUUCCGAAAAAGAUGAUGGCGGCGUCGUCCUCCUACUACGCAGGACGAUUUAGGGACUAUCGUGGAAGAACUUAG